GGUUGGGCUAUUGCUGGCGGAGCUCCCACGGACGAAAACGUCAUUCGCCCUCGCGCCGCCGGUCCUCGACGCCGUCAAAGAACUGCCUGGACACACGUACACGUACACUUGUACAUACUUUCCUACUUACCUACCACCUUUGUCAGCAUCCCCAGAGACACGGCAUAAAGCUAGUCUUUCUUCCUUUCCCCACCGCUGCUUUUUUCCUGCCCUAAACCUCUCGUCAUGGCGCAACCGUGGGAUUACAUUGCCAAGAUCGUCUCUCUGGGAGACUCCGCAUGCGGCAAGUCGAGUCUAACCAUCCGGCUGUGCGAAGGCCGCUUCUCCCCGCACCACGACGUGACCAUCGGCGUCGAGUUCGGCUCGCGCAUCGUGCCCGUCGGCCCGCCCGCGUCGUAUGCGCUGAACAUCAACAACCCGCUGUCGCCUGCAAAGCCCGACGAUGCCGACCCGCCGCCGCAGCAGAAGCACAUGAAGCUCUCGCUGUGGGACACGGCCGGCCAGGAAACGUACAAGUCCAUCACGCGCUCCUACUUCCGCGGGGCCAGCGGGGCCCUGCUCGUCUUCGACAUCACCCGGCGCAACACCUUUGCCAGCGUGACGGCGUGGCUGCACGACCUGCGGCAAAUCGCCGAGGAGGGCAUCGUCGUGGUGCUGGUGGGCAAUAAGGCGGAUCUGGCGCCGUCGUCGACAGUGGCAGGGUCGUCUGAAGAAGAGCACCCACACGCCGACGGCGACAACAAGCGCCAAGUGACGCGCGAGGAGGCCGAGGAGUGGUGCCGCGAGAACAAGGUCAUGGAGUACGUCGAGACGUCGGCCAAGAGCGGCGAGAACGUCGAGCGCGCCUUCCUCGAGGUCGCCGAGCGCAUCUACCAGAACAUCGAGGCCGGCAGGUACGACCUCAACGACCGUCGCUCCGGCGUCAAGGGCCCCGGCGCCGGCGGCCUCAACACCGCCCGCACCAUCAACUUGGGCAUGAACGACGUGGCCGCCGCCAGCCGAGGCGCUUCCGCCGGAGGAUGCUGUUGAUGACGAGUCACGACCGCGACUGUGUAUAAUAAUCUUCUUCUUCGUCCUUUCUACUUCUUCCCUUUUCUUUUCAUCUCGCAAUUACGCAUUGGGCAUAUCACGGGCGUUUCAAUGGGUAGUAGGUACGUAGGUACUGUAGAGUCAGUCAGUGGGCUUUGGGGGGAAAGGGAGCACGCACGCACACGAAGCUAGUACAGUCGGCGCUAUCAUCACCAUCCAAGAGGCCUGCGCGUCGAUCCUAUAAUCAUUACUACUAGAAGCCAAACAAACACACAGACCCGCGCGGGUCGGUCCCG